CUCAGAGAACAAGAGGCGAGGAAAGCAGACCUCUUAGUUCGACUGCGCGGCGUGACGUCACCUUCCCGGGCCCGGAAGUGGAACUCGAAAUUCGCCGCGUCUCUGGUCUGAGAGAAAGGAGGAGGAGGGGGCGAGUGAGUGAGGGCGGGACAAACCAUAACAAAACAGUGAGGCGAGCGACGGCGACGCGUCUCCCGGUAACAAGUCCUCGCUCCGCCCCUCCCCCCGUCACCGGGAAGGGAGGCAGCAGCUCAUCUACUGAAGAUUGAUGUAUGUGUCCUCCAUUGUUUUAAUUUGGUUGCGAGUUUGGAUAACCAUGGCACAGAUCCAGCAAGGAGGCCCUGAUGAGAAAGAGAAGACUACAGCAUUAAAGGAUUUGUUAUCUAGAAUAGACUUGGAUGAACUGAUGAAAAAGGAUGAGCCACCUCUUGAGUUUCCUGAUACUCUUGAAGGAUUUGAAUAUGCCUUUAAUGAAAAGGGACAGUUAAGACAUAUAAAAACUGGAGAGCCAUUUGUUUUUAACUACCGCGAAGAUUUGCAUAGAUGGAACCAAAAACGCUACGAAGCUCUUGGAGAGAUCAUCACUAAGUAUGUAUAUGAACUUCUGGAAGAAGAAUGCCAUUUGAAAAAAGUAUAUAUACCUGUAGAUGCAAUGGAAAGUGAACCCAGAAGUUUUAUCUUUAUGAGUGAAGAUGCAAUGACAAAUCCUGACAAACUGAUGGUUUUAAUUCAUGGUAGUGGUGUUGUCAGAGCUGGACAGUGGGCAAGGAGGCUUAUUAUAAAUGAAGAUCUGAACAGUGGUACGCAGAUUCCAUAUAUUAAAAGAGCUAUUGAGGAAGGCUAUGGAGUAAUAGUACUGAAUCCAAAUGAGAACUAUAUUGAAGUUGAAAAGACAAAAGCCCAAGUACAGCUGUCUUCUGAUACUUCAGAUGAACCUGCAGAAAAGAGAGAGAGAAAAGAUAAAAUCCAAAAAGAUACAAAGAAGCGGCGUGACUUUUAUGAAAAAUAUCGGAAUCCACAAAGAGAAAAGGAAACAGUGCAGUUGUAUAUUAGAGAAAAUGGCUCUCCUGAAGAACAUGCAAUUUAUGUAUGGGACCACUUUAUCUCUCAGUCUGCAGCUGAUAACGUAUUUUUUGUGGCUCACAGUUAUGGUGGCCUUGCAUUUGUGGAAUUGAUGAUUCAACGAGAGGCAGAAGUAAAAAACAAAGUUACGGCUGUGGCAUUAACAGAUUCUGUUCACAAUGUGUGGCAUCAGGAAGCUGGAAAAACUAUUCGGGAGUGGAUGCGUGAGCUUGAAUGGCAUCAACCAUCCUGCAAUACCAGAUGUCAUUGUUUUGCAAAAGAAGAGAUUGAGCUCAAUUAUCCUCUUCCUCUAUCCUCCCAGCUGCUAGCACUGAGCAUUUUUUAUAGCAAACAUUUUUUUGCUGCAGAUACCUGGACACAACCUGUUGUGUUACAAAAGGAUCAUCAGAUUAGAGCUUUCAUUAAAAAGCUGAAAGAAUGGAGUGGUUUAGAUUCCCAGAACUGGUAAUAGGUCCCAGGUUUAAUAUGGGACAAAGACUACUAUAAAAGAACC